UGCACCACCUUCUUAAACAGCCUUCAUAAGAAAAUGGCACCAACUUUUGAUGAUGGCAACUCUUUGUUUGAUUUUGUUGUGAAAGAUGGCAACGGAGUCAAGGGUCUGGUGGAUUCAGGAAUUACAAAAGUACCAGAAAGAUUCAUCCAACCACCAUCUGAGCGAAUUGAGAAAGUUGUCCAAAGCUCCAAAGAUCACUUCGCAUCAGUCCCAAUUGAUUUAUCAAAGCUUGAUGGUCCCGACCAUGAUCAAGUGGUCGAGGCCAUUGUUAGAGCUGCCGAGACACUAGGGUUCUUUCAGGUGAUCAACCAUGGUGUGUCUUUCGACCUGCUGGAGUCCCUGAAAAAUGCUGCACAGCGGUUUUUUGCACAGCCAGCAGAUGCUAAAGCUGUUUAUCUGAAGAGGGUCAGUCCCAGUCCCUUUGUGAAGUAUGGUACAAGCUUUGCACCCGAGCAAGAAAAGGCUCUGGAAUGGAAAGAUUUUGUUAGCAUGGUUUACACCAAUGAUGGUGAUGCACAACAGCAUUGGCCUAAAGUGUGCAAGGAAGAGGCACUUGAAUACUUGAAGUUAUCUUCUAAGAUGGUGAGAAGGCUGUUGGAAAUCUUAAUUGGAAAUCUUGGGGUGACCCUUGAUGACUCUAGACUGGAAUCACUAAUUGGCAAUAAGAUAGUCAACAUGAACUUCUAUCCAAUUUGCCCAAAUCCGGAACUGACUAUUGGUGUGGGGCGCCACUCUGAUAUGAGCAUCUUGACUGUGCUUUUGCAAGAUAAUGUUGGAGGUUUAUAUGUAAAGCUUGAAGAAGAUAUACUUGAUGGCAGAAAGGAAGAGUGGAUGGAGAUUCCGCCAAUCCCAGGUGCUUUAGUUAUUAAUGCUGGGGAUUCAUUACAGAUCCUAAGCAAUGGAAGGUACAAAAGUGCUGAGCAUGGAGUGCGUACCACAAGCAAAAAAUCAAGAAUUUCUAUUCCAGUUUUCAAUCUCCCAAGGCCAACUGAGAAGAUAGGUCCGCUCCCUCAUGUUGCAGAGGUUGAUGGUGGAGCUGUCUACCGAGAAGUUAUGUUUCAAGAGUACAUGAGCAAUCAUGUUGGACAUGCUCAUGAAGGAAAGAAAUCCCUUGACUUUGUCAAAGUAAAAGCCAAUUAGAACGAAGCAUAUGGAGCUUCUUUAAUUACUUUUUUUUUUAUCGUUGACAAGGGAAUCCAGCCGCUACUUGAGAGUACGCACUGGAUUGCAAUUUAUCUUGAUUGUUGAAAGACACUGAAAAACCAUUAUAUUGUGGGUUAGGUUUUGAUGUUCUCUUCUUGUACAAUUCUUCAUGCUAUGCUAGAUAGAUAGCUCUUUGGGGAACCUGAAUAACUUGACUAGCUUUUUUGUUAGAGGGAAAUACAGAUAUACAUUUUUUGAGUUUUAUGUGAGAAGAAUACUGGUACUACUUUGCUUUA